AGCUGGUAAACUGGGAAACCGAGUUUGAAAAGGCAGGAAACUGAGCACAACAGUAUAUCGGGGUAGCAGAAGGACAGGAAGAAUGUGGUGAGAACUCGACUGCUUGUAACAGGGGAGGACUUGGCUGAAGGGGUGCCUUGUGCCUCUGGGAGUGAUCUUGGAAAAAGAUAGAUAACCCAGGUACAACUUGCAGGAAAACUUAGUCCCCUAAUAAGUAGCCAGAAUAGACUGGUACCAUCUAGUGACCUACUAUAUUAUUGUUGCAUUCUUAUUUACAAGAACUGAAAAAGGAAAUAAAUUAUCUGUUCUUCUGAUGUGAAUGGUUUUAGGAGAAGCUUGUUCUCCUAAUAAGGCUUCUCUUCUCCACUCCCUGGGAGUCAGUGCAUUCCUGAUACACGCAAGACGGGAUUUUCACUGGUCAGCUCACGAGGGAACAAGGCCAAACGGGAUCUUCCUCUGGCACAAGAUUUCAUUGUUUCCUUGAUAAGAUUCAUGCUAAGGAGCCUCAAAGGAUAACCAUUCUGAAUUAUUCUGAAAUACAAGAGUGCCCCAGAAGAGCCCAGCCUUACCAUAUCACUAAUCAAGCAGAACAGAAGCAGGAGCACAAUGUCUUUGAAAUGGAUGAUGGAUAUACCAUUGAUAAUGAUGUUCCUCAUGGGCUCAGCUUCCGGUGGGAAUGUUCUGGCCUGGCCAUUUGAUUAUAGUCACUGGCUGAACAUGAAAUCUAUGAUUCUUGAGCUCACAGCUAGGGGACAUCAAGUAACAGUCAUAAUGCCUUCAUCCUACGAGGCAUCUGAAUCAAGUGUACCUUCCAACUUCCACUUCGAAGUGAUCCCCGUACCAUUCACAAGAAAGGACAUGGAUAUUUUGAUGCAGGACAUGCUCUAUUUAUGGUCUUAUGAGAAGCAUGAAAUACCUUUCUGGCAAUUUUUCAUCAAGUUGUAUGGCUUUAUGAGGGAAACAUUCUACGGAUACAAGAGUUUCUGUGACAAUGUUUUUUGGAACGAGAAGUUGCUACAAAAGUUGGAGUCAGCUGCUUUUGAUGUCCUUAUUUCGGACGGAGCCAUGCCUGGUGGGGAACUCCUUGCUGAGAAACUUCAUGUUCCAUUUCUAUAUACAUUACGGCUAUCUCCAGGACACACAAUGGAACGUAGUUGUGGCAAUAUCCCAGCUCCACCAUCAUAUGUGCCUACUGGCAUGUUAGGGCUAACGGAUAGGAUGUCUUUCUUGGAGAGGACGGCAAACGUGCUCACUUCUCUUUCAAUGGACAUCGUGUUCCAACAUUUUUUCUACAAAGAAUGGGAUACAUAUUACAGUGAUGUUCUAGGGAGACCUACAACAUUGUGUGAAACAAUGGGCAAGGCGGAAAUAUGGCUGAUCCGAACCUACUGGGACGUUGAAUUUCCACGGCCAUUACUACCAAAUUUUGAAUUUGUAGGAGGGCUGCAUUGCCAGCCAGCAAAGCCUUUGCCUAAGGAAAUGGAAGAAUUUGUCCAGAGUUCUGGAGAACAUGGCAUUGUGGUAUUUUCUCUCGGUUCUAUGAUUAAAAACCUUACAGAUGAAAGGAGUAACGUGGUUGCCCUGGCACUCAGCCAGCUUCCACAGAAGGUUGUAUGGCGGUACAAAGGGAAAAGGCCAGAAACACUUGGAGCCAAUACCAGACUUUAUGACUGGAUCCCACAAAAUGAUCUACUUGGACACCCAAAGACAAAAGCCUUUAUAACUCAUGGUGGAACAAAUGGGAUUUAUGAAGCCAUUUACCAUGGGAUUCCCAUGGUAGGGAUCCCCAUGUUUGCAGACCAACCUGAUAACGUUGCUCACAUGCGUGCAAAGGGAAUGGCUGUAGAGCUGAAUAUGUACACAAUGACAGCACAAGAUUUAGUGGACGCUGUUAAUGCUGUUAUUCACAAUAAGACAUAUAAGGAAAAUGCAGUUCGACUGUCGCAGAUUCAUCACGACCAACCCAUGAAGCCCCUAGACCGGGCUGUCUUCUGGAUUGAGUUUGUCAUGCGCCACAAAGGCGCCAAGCAUUUGAGAGUAGCUGCCCAUGACUUGACCUGGUACCAGUAUCACUGCCUUGACGUCAUUGCCUUUUUGAUCAGUUGUGUGGCACUUUUCAUGUUCAUCGUUGUAAAAUGCUGUUCGUUUUGCUGUCGGAAAUGUGGCAGCAUCACACGGAAAACAAAACUGGAAUAGUUUCUGCUCAGCACACAGCCAUAGUGUGACUUGUAUCAUCCAACAUGCUCAGACUUGGUAUGUUAAACUCUAUAGUCCUUUCCCAUCAUGUUCAGCUUGACUGGAUGCAGAAGCACAUCUAUCCUUGCUCGGCUCCAUUAAAUUGACAGCAUAGAUUUGUAGUUAUGAAUUAUUAUAUCUGUAUAGAAUAUUUAGAUUUGUUUUCAUGAAGGCAGUUAUGGAGUCCGAGAUUGCUGCUGUAUUGUAGCAACAACUGUCUUUGGGGGGGAGGGGGUGUCAGAGUCUGUCCAUUUCAUAAAAUCGAAUUGUAUAUAUUGGUUUAAAAAAUUCUUGCUAAAGUAGGAGCUUUGGCAUACUAU